AUGAGUGCCAACGAACCGGUUGCUGCUCCGAUUACUGUUGAUCCGAGACUGGAAUCUGAGGUCGAGGACGACCAAAGUGACCGAAAUAGCACGUACACCGAAUCGACGUCGUCUCUCACCGAGAGCAUCAAAGAAUACCGCGAAAUCCAUGGUCGUACAUACACUCAGAACAGCGAGUACUGGGGACCCAAUGAUGAGAAGCACAAUGAUGCCCUGGAUUUCAACCACUACUGGAUGACAGAAUUUUUUGAUGGCAAGCUAGCUUUAGCGCCGAUUGGAGAUAGCCCUCAGCGAGUUCUUGAUCUUGGUACUGGCACAGGUAUUUGGGCCAUCGAUUUCGCUGACACCUAUCCUUCGGCCGAGGUCGUCGGCACCGAUCUAUCGCCGACUCAGCCUACGUGGGUUCCUCCCAAUGUCAAGUUCAUCAUCGAUGACUUUGAGCAAAAGUGGACUGGGUGGCCGAAGGAUCACUUUGAUUACAUCCAUGCUCGAAACCUGGAGGCCUGCUUCAAGGAUGUGCCGGCGUUCUGCAAAGAGGCGUUCCACCACACGAAGCCUGGAGGAUGGUUCGAAAUCAUCGAAUUCGAUACCAAAGGUCGCUCUCAGAAUACUGAGCUGGAUGAGAACCACAUUUUCAACAAGUGGUAUAAGUGGUGGUGCGAAGGGCAGGAGAAAAUGGGCAAACCUUCGGAUAAUGUGGCUUCGGGAAAGUUCAAAAAGGCUCUUCUCGACGUCGGAUACACCGAGCUCGUCGAGAAAAGGUGGAAGAUCCCGGUCGGUUCCUGGCCGGCGAGGCCAGAUCUCAAGAGACUUGGCCAGUGCAAUCUGGAAUUCAUGGAGAUGUCUCUUGAGGGUUUCAUGCUUUACCUCCUCAGAGAGGCGCUCGGUUUCACCUACGCCGAGGCUCAAGUUACCAUCACUGAAGUUAGGGCCGCAUUCAGAAAUUCGAAGAUCCAGCCCUUUUAUUACAUGAAUGCCAUCUACGCACGCAAGCCUCUGAAGACUGAGACCACGGAGGCCUAA